AUGGCGAGCCCCAGUCGCAAUAUCCGCACGAAAGAGACCCUAGUCAAACCUGCCGAUAGAAAUGAACACGACGACGAAGGUGGCAGUGUCAGGUCAACGAAGAAUGUACCGCGCGGCCGCUGCGAGAAGCAAGUGACGUUCAAGACACCGGAGGCGCGACCGACCGAGUCCUGCGGCGGGAGGAACCCGCCCCACAGAGCGCGCGGUGGGGAGGGUGGGAUCGGCGGCACGAACGCUAGGUUGCCAAGGAACUGCGGUGUGAGCAGCGGCGCUGGUGACGGUGACGGCCAAAAUCGGGGAGGGAGAAGUUUCUUGCUGAAGAGCGCGCAAGGGGAGAGCCAAAGCCACGCCGCCGGCUAUCGGCUACAGCUGUCGCUUUCCGCGCAGCAGAGGGAAGCAGCCGAACGCGCUGGCAGAGGGCGCGCGUCAACUACGCAGGCUCCAGCGGAAACACUGGGGGGAGCGGAGGAUGUGGUGGAUGUUCCAUGCCAGGCGGACGAUGGCUGCGACAUGUUUCAGCUCGGGAGGAUGCAGAGUGCCGAGAACGACUUCGCGGUGAGGGGGCCGCUGCACCAGCCCAAGCCCGGCGGGAAGGUGUGCGGACCGGUCAGCCGGUACGCCGUGCGGCUCCUGGUCGACAGGAGUCCCCCGCACCGGUGCAGGAUAUUCACAGCGGGCUUCAACUCGAGGAAAUGUUUGACCCUCCCCGAGUCGUCGCCGAAGUGGCUGGAGGACAACGGGGAGUGGGACGCCGUCACACCAUUUGGGAUCCGCAUUCUCAAACCGGAGAUAGGCGAGUGGAGAGAGGUGACCGUGGCGGGCGCAAUUCGCCGGCUGCGCGCGGCUGGCCGCCUAGACACAAUCGGCGACCUCGUUCCCGGCGAAACCAACGAACUCACUUCGGGGACAAUUAUCGACAUCGGCGGCGUACAGAUGUUGUACGAGUCUGCAGAACAAAUGGCAAGACUAGGGGGAGUGCAACCCUCCCAGGUUAUCGAACUCCUGAACGAUCGUAAACCGCAGUGCCCAGUCCAGCUCCAAACGCUGCAGUUCAAGCCGUGGAAACCACCGCCUACAUCAUGGACGUCAUCCGAGACCGGCGGUGCUAGCGGCGAUGCUGCAGUUGCUACGGCCGCCACGACCACUGCUGCUGAUGGCGCGGUUGGCGCGGAAGACGUCGGCGAAAGAAACGAUGCCCAGGGAGACGACGGAGGCACCGAGGGGAAGGCUCUCGUGCCGCACAUCUUCCCGGCAUGUGGACACGUCCAAGGCUACGCAAAGCAGCUCGCUUGGGGCCCAUGUCCAAUGUGCCGAACGCCGGGCCCGCUCGUAGAGAUAAAGUUUGGCUGGUGUUCAGCGAUCGAUCGCGAAGUACCCACGGUCGUGUUCAACCCUUGUGGGCACGCCGCCAGUCUGGAGGUGGCCGAACGAUGGUCCAGGCUGGCGAUGCCAAACAACGCCCCGCCAGAUGCGGUGUACCGCCCCAUCUGCCCCUACUGCGCCAAGCCCCUGCAGUGCAAGGACGGGGAGCGUCCGUACAGCAAGAUGAUUUUUGUGCAAUAA